AUCAGAGGACAUGGCAAAGGAUAUUUUCAGGAAUAGAACUAUAACAAACUAAACAAACAUGUUAAAGAUUUUCGUUUAGUUCUGUGUAAACUGCUGAGAAGCGAGUGUGUGAACUUGAACACAGUGGAGACAUGAGCGUUCUGUUAAACACUAAACUAUGUGGUUUUCCUGUGGCUUAAAUGACCUGCUUCCUCAGUUUGUUACUUUUGAGACAAGCGUUUCGAUGCUUUCACUUCAUCCAGUGGUUGUGAAAUGGAGCUGCUCGUCCUCCUGUUCUUCUUCCAUCUGAUUCUGGACAUUAACUCUCAAAAUGUUCCUCAGCCCCGGCUGCUCAUGUCUCCUGAAGUUAUCACAGAGAGAGGAUCAGUGAAGCUUCACUGUUAUGUUCCACGCAGUGUUAAAGUGCAUCAGUGUUAUUUCUACCCAGAGGGAGAAAACACAAAUACAAAACUCUCUCCAUCAUGUCAGCUCUCACUCACUGGUUCUGAACUGAUCAGGUGGACACGACGCAGGUCUCCUGGAACACUUCAUAUUAUUUGUUAUUACACUGUGGAUUACUCUGUUAAGACUCCUUCUCCUCACUCUCUCCGAGCUCCAGUCACAGUGCUGAAUCAGAAACCAAAGCUAAGCAUCAGUCAUGAUGAUCAGUUUGAUGAAUUCACACUUUCAUGUGAAAUACCAGGGUCAGAGUCAGUAACUGCUGAUUUUAGCUGUAAUCUCUACACUGGAGAAAAUCCUCAGCCUUGGCAACACCAAAGAUCUCAAAAGACAAGAUCUGGGAAGGUGCUUUGUAUUUUUAAAGCACAGAGAAAUGAAGUGUUGAAUCGUCUGCAGUCAGUAAAGCAGCGUGAAGUGAGCUGUGAUUAUUCACUGACCUCUGACCCGACUGCUCGCUCUCUAAUGAGUGAUAAAUACAGUCUGAUACCGUUCUUACCUACACCAACACAGCCGUCCGUCACUACUGAGAAAUCUACUGCAUAUGUUCCUCAGCCCCGGCUGCUCGUGUCUCCUGAAGUUAUCACAGAGAGAGGAUCAGUGAAGCUUCGCUGUGAUGUUCCACACAGUGUUAAAGUGUCUCAGUGUAAUUUCUACCCAGAGGGAGACUACAGAAAGCUAAAACACUCUCCAUCAUGUCAGCUCUCACUCACUGGUUCUGAACUGAUCAGGUGGACACGACGCAGGUCUCCUGGAACACUUCAUAUUAUUUGCUUUUACUCUGUGGAUUACUCUGAUCGUACUCCUUCUCCUCACUCUCUCCCAGCUCCAGUCACAGUGCUGAAUCAGAAACCGAUACUAAACAUCAGUCAUGAUCAUCAGCUUGAUGAAUUCAGAUUUGAAUGUGAAAUACCAGGGUCAGAGUCAGUAACUGCUAAUUUUAGCUGUAAUCUCUACACUGGAGAAAUUCCUCAGCCUUAUGUAAAAAUAUUCUUUCAAAAGAGAGAAUCUGGGAAGGUGCUUUGUAUUUUUAAAGCACUGGGAGAUGAUCUGUCCAGACGUCUGCAGUCAGUAAAGAGGCGUGAAGUGAGCUGUGAUUAUUCACUGACCUCUGACCCGACUGCUCGCUCUCUAAUGAGUGAUAAAUACAGUCUGAUACGUUUCUUUCCUACACCAACACAGCCGUCCGUCACUACUGAGAAAUCUACUGCAUAUUUCUUAACUGAAACAACACAGCUGCUCACAACUGAAAAAUCCACUUCUGAUUUGAGUCUGGUAACGACACCAACAUCUGUAUCUGCAGCUUCUUCAGUUCUUUCAACUCAUCUGAAAACCACAAGACACACAACGACCAAUUUGUCUUCUCUAUCACCAAUAUCAUCCACAACUAAAGAGAAAACUACUUCAGAGUUGUCUACUGUAUCAUUAUCGCAAACCACAACUAAAGAGAAAUCUACUGCAGCUUUUCCAGUUUCUGAUUCUCAUGUAAACACCACAAGAGGCCCAAAAACUAGUGAAAAACCCAACACGACCGAUCAGACAGAUUUUCCUAAAAGAAAAGUGUUUGUCCUACUGCUGUCAGCCACUGGUGUGUGUGUUUUACUGGCUGGAAUGAUGAGCGUUUGUCUCUGCAGGUUCAUCAGGAAGCGGAUGGCUGAGAGACGUGAAAUGGACAAGACCCGUGGUGAUAAGGGCAUGAUAUCCAUGCUCAAUAUGAACACAUCCGACUCAGAAGCUGUUGGAACUUAUUCUGUGAUCAGCUCAGUACCCUUACCAUCCCUGCCUUUAGAAACCAGUGGAGAAAUAAAAGAAGAUUCGAAGAAAUCGGAGGACGAUGUGUAUCACACGUAUUGCACCAUCGCUGACACUCAAGUGGUUGCCAAAGACAAAGACGCAACGUACUGCCUGCUGCAGAUGCACUGAUGCAUAGUACAGCUUACAGACUGUAAAUGAUAUUAUAUUUUUAUGGGUUUUUUUAUGCAAUACAUGCCUUAAUUUAAUACUUUGCUUUGGAACUUUAAAUAAAUUGACUUCAAGCUGCUGUUUGGUCGU